AUGGCGGCGGCGGCGGACGGCAAGAAGUUCUACCUGUUCCUCAGCACGACCUUCCUGGUCCUCCUCUCUCUCUACGUCACAGCCCACCUCUGCACCUCCUACCAACUCCUGCACCAGUCGCGCCGCCCGCGGGUGGCGGCGGCGCCGCCAGACGCCGAGGGCUGCCGCGACCUGCACCGCUUCGACGAUCACCGUGCCAAGUGCCGCUACGUUCUGGAGGAGCCGCAGUGCCGCCCAAAAGGCUACCUCAACUACCUGCGGCUUUUCUACUGCGUUUGCGGCAGCCACCCCGUCUUCGGCUACGCCUGCCUGGUCUUCUGGCUGGUCCUGCUCUUCUACCUGCUAGGGAACACCGCCGCCGACUACUUCUGCCCAUCGCUGGAGAGCCUCUCCAAGGUGCUGAAGCUCUCGCCGACGAUCGCCGGAGUCACCCUGCUCUCUCUGGGCAACGGGGCCUCGGACGUGUUCUCCAGCAUCAUCUCCUUCAUGGGCACCAGCAAUGGCGACGUGGGGCUCAACAGCAUCCUCGGGGGGGCCUUCUUCGUCUCCAACGUGGUCACCGGCAUCAUCAGCAUCUGCGUCGGCCCCAGCGAGAUCGCCGUGGACAAGACGAGCUUCAUCCGGGACGCCUGUUUCUUCCUCCUUGCACUCUCCUCGCUCCUAGUGAUCAUCACCGUCGGCAAGAUCAACGUGUGGGGCGCCAUGGCCUUCACCUCGCUCUACUUCGUCUACGUCUUCUUCGUCUCCACCACCCACUUCUGCCGGAAGAAGUACGGCGCCGCCGCCUCGCUCUUCGACGCCGGGCCCCCCACGCUCCCCGUCGACGACGGCGGCACCACUGACCCCGGACGGAAGCGCCGCCAGCUGAGGGCCCCGCUCCUAACUGGAGUCGAGCUGGACGACCCCAUCUCGCCGCCCAAGGCUCCCCCUGCCCCCGCUGCCUGUGACAGCAAGCUCCACCCCGCCUGCUCCACCCUCCGCUCCGCCGCCACCCGCCACGCUUCCCAAAUGCUCGCCCUCCUGGAGCUCCCCCUCUACCUCCCCAGGCGGCUGACCAUUCCCGACGUCAGCGAGGAGAGGUGGUCAAAGUUCUACGCCGUCUCCUCCGUGACGCUUGCCCCGCUGCUGCUGGCGGCGCUGUGGAGCUCGCAGAGAGGGGGGAUGAGCUCCAGCGCCAGCGCGGCGCUCUACCUGGUGAGCCUCUCCAUCGGGAUGGUCUCCGGCGGCGCCGCCUUCCUCACGACGGAGAGGGCCCGCCCCCCGUCCAAGUUCCUCUUCCCGUGGCUCGGCGGCGGCUUCCUCAUGAGCGUCGUCUGGACCUACAUCAUCACGGAGGAGCUCAUGUCGCUGCUUGUCUCCCUCGGCGCCAUCCUCGGCAUCAGUCCCUCCAUUCUCGGCCUCACCGUGCUCGCAUGGGGGAACUCCCUCGGCGACCUCAUCGCCAAUGUCGCCAUGGCGCUCAACGGCGGCCCCGACGGCGCGCAGGUGGCCAUCUCCGGCUGCCUCGCAGGCCCCAUCUUCAACACCCUCAUGGGCCUCGGCCUCUCCCUCUUCUUCUCCUCUUGGGGAGAGUACCCGGCAUCUACCAUCAUCCCCCGCGACCCUAGUCUCUUCCAGACCAUCGGGUUCCUCAUGAGCGGCCUCCUCUGGGCACUCGUCAUCCUCCCAGGCCGCGGCAUGAAGCUCGACAAGGUCCUUGGCGUUGGCCUGCUCUCCGUCUACCUCUGCUUCCUCUCCCUGCGCGUCGCCCAGUACCUCGGCGUCAUGGAGCUCGACGGCCUCGUGGGCUCUGUCCUCUCCUCUCUCGACCGAUGA